AUGCCAGACCAACCAUCAAAUAAGCCCCACAUCACCAGAAACACCCCAGCCAGCAGCCCCACCCAGAACAGCUGCCAGAUCCCAGACCUAACACACCCACACAGCCCACCCCCAGACCAUCCACACACCCAGACAACCACACAGGACAGACACAGCAGCCCCCUCACCCAACCAGGCCCCCCCACAGAAACACAACACCACACACCCAGACACAGACACUCAGCACCAGCAAACCAGCCACCCUCCUCAUGCCCCACCCAACCCCCAAACAGACCCCCACACAGGGACGCACCCCAGCCACCCACCCCUCCCCCACAGCCCAACCAAGACACAGCCAGCCAGCCACAGCCAGUCUGCACAAUCACCAAUCAGAUUCCUGCACCCAACCCCAGCACCCCCCACGGGCCCAGACACCACACAGCCCACAGCCAGCCACCACCCACCAGCAGCACCAGCCAGACAAAGCCCACCCAAGACCCACACACCAUCAACAGCCACAGCAGACCAGCACCCUCACCCCGCCAGCAAACCCCACAGACCUCCCAGACCCCCCUCACAGCCCAGUCCAGCAGCCCACAGCCAACCACAGACCCCACACACAGAUCAGUCAGAACACCACACCAGCAGCAGACCCGCAAGCACAUACACAGACCAACCUGA